AUGUCUAUGGAUUAUCUUACACCUUCAACAUUACCACAACCAAAAUUAAAAAGAACCAAUACUGGAUUCACUCCUAAUCAAAUUAUAGCAUUAGAUGCUGCAAUUCCUGAAAGUUGUAAAAAAACAUGGUUUAAAUAUUCUCAAUUAGAUAUAUUAGAUUCCAAUAAAAAACCAAAUCCUGAUGAAGAUGUUAGAGCAAUAGUUCAUGAACCAGAAAAAUUUGAAGAAGAAUUUGUAAAACAUGUUGAAACUAGUUUAGGAAGAUCAAUGUAUAAUUGUGAUGAUUUAGCUGCUUAUCAAGCUGCUUCAAAUACUGUUAGAGAUGCUUUAAUUUUAGAUUGGUCAAAUACUCAACAAAAACAAACAAUUCAAGAUGGUAAAAGAGUUUAUUAUUUAAGUUUAGAAUUUUUAAUGGGUAGAGCUAUGGAUAAUGCUUUAAUUAAUUUAAAAUGUGAAAAUACUACAAGAGCUUCAUUAAAAGGUUUAGGAUUUAAUUUAGAAGAUGUAUUAGAUCAAGAACCUGAUGCAGCAUUAGGUAAUGGUGGAUUAGGUAGAUUAGCUGCUUGUUUUGUUGAUUCAUUGUCUUCAAAAAAUUAUUCUGGUUGGGGUUAUGGUUUAAAUUAUCAAUAUGGUAUUUUUAAACAAAAAAUUAUUGAUAGUUAUCAAAUUGAAACACCUGAUUAUUGGUUAAAAUAUACUAAUCCAUGGGCUUUAGAUAGACAUGAAAUUCAAAUUCCAGUUGAUUUUUAUGGUUAUGUAUAUGAAGAAAAUGAUCCAAACACAGGUAAAACUAAAAAGAUUUGGAAUGGUGGUGAAAGAGUUUUAGCUGUAGCAGCAGAUUAUCCUAUUCCUGGUUUUAAUACUGAAAAUACAAAUAAUUUAAGAUUAUGGAAUGCAAAACCAACUAAUGAAUUUGAUUUCACUAAAUUUAAUGCAGGAGAUUAUCAACAAUCAGUAGCAUCACAACAAAGAGCAGAAGCAAUCACAUCUGUUUUAUAUCCAAACGAUAAUUUUGAAAAAGGUAAAGAAUUAAGAUUAAAACAACAAUAUUUUUGGGUUGCUGCUUCAUUACAUGAUAUUGUUCGUAGAUUUAAAAAAAAUCAUAAAACAAAUUGGAAAAAAUUUCCAGAUCAAGUAGCUAUUCAAUUAAAUGAUACUCAUCCAACUUUAGCUAUUGUUGAAUUACAAAGAAUCUUGGUUGAUUUAGAAGGUUUAGAAUGGGAUGAAGCUUGGUCUAUUGUUGUUAAAGUCUUUGCUUAUACUAAUCAUACAGUUAUGACAGAAGCUUUAGAAAAAUGGCCAGUUGAUGUAGUUGGUAGAUUAUUACCAAGACAUUUAGAAAUCAUUUAUGAUAUUAAUUAUUUCUUCUUAAAAGAUGUUGAACAAAAAUUCCCAAAUGAUCGUGAUUUAUUAAGUAGAGUUUCAGCAAUUGAAGAAGGUAAUCCAAAAUCUGUUAGAAUGGCAUAUUUAGCAAUUAUUGGAUCACAUAAAGUUAAUGGUGUAGCAGAAUUACAUUCAGAAUUAAUUAAAACUACAAUUUUCAAAGAUUUUGUAAAAGUAUUUGGUCCAGAUAAAUUUACAAAUGUUACUAAUGGUAUUACACCAAGACGUUGGUUAAGACAAGCAAAUCCUAAAUUAUCUGCAUUAAUUGCUAAAAAAUUAAAUGAUCCAAAUUAUGAAUAUUUAACUAAUUUAGGUAGAUUAAAAAAAUUAGAACAAUUUAUUGAUGAUGAUAAAUUUUUAAAAGAAUGGGAUUCAAUUAAAUUUGAUAAUAAAAAAAGAUUAGCUUUAUUAAUUAAAGAUGAAACUGGAGUUGAAGUAGAUCCAACAGUAUUAUUUGAUGUUCAAGUUAAAAGAAUUCAUGAAUAUAAAAGACAACAAAUGAAUAUUUUUGCUGUAAUUUAUAGAUAUUUAAGAAUUAAAGAAUUAUUAGCUGAAGGAAUAAGUAUUGAUGAAAUUAAAGAAAAACAUUAUAUUUCAAAAUGUUCAAUAUUUGGUGGAAAGGCUGCUCCAGGUUAUUAUAUGGCAAAAACUAUUAUUCAUUUAAUUUGUAAAGUUGGUGAAGUUGUUAAUAAUGAUACAGAAAUUGGUAAUCUAUUAAAAGUUGUUUUUAUUCCUGAUUAUAAUGUAUCAAAAGCAGAAAUUAUAUGUCCUGGUUCAGAUUUAUCUAAUCAUAUUUCAACUGCAGGAACUGAAGCUAGUGGUACAUCUAAUAUGAAAUUUGCACUUAAUGGUGGAUUAAUUAUUGGAACAGUAGAUGGAGCAAAUGUUGAAAUUACAAGAGAAAUUGGAGAAGAAAAUAUCUUUUUAUUUGGUAAUUUAGCAGAAUCAGUUGAUGAAAUUAGACAUAGACAUUUUGUUGAUGGUGUUCAUAUUCCAGAAACUUUAGAAAAAGUAUUUCAAUCAAUUUAUGAUGGGAAAUUUGGUAAUCCAGAUGAUUUUAAACCUUUGAUAGAUAGUAUUAAAUAUCAUGGUGAUUAUUAUCUUGUAAGUGAUGAUUUUAAUUUAUUUUUAGAUGCUCAUAAAAAAUUAGAAAAUGUAUUUGGUCAUCAUGGAGGAGAUUCAGAAGAUUCUGAUCAUUUACAUAGAUGGGUUAAAAAAUGUGUUUGGAGUGUUGCUAAUAUGGGAUUUUUUUCAAGUGAUAGAUGUAUUGAUGAAUAUGCUGAAAAUAUUUGGAAUGUCGAACCUUCAAAUUUCUAA